GAUGAAAGAUUCAACUUCCAAGCUACGUUUUUACAGUGCUUGGCAAAACAUGUGCCAAAUAUUUACUCAGCUGAAAUGGACCCCUUGCUGGAGAAACAAGAAGAAAUGGUCCAGGCAGCAAUAUUAUACCCCCUGGAAUGUUACUUGUUUGGGGAAGACCCAGAUAUAUUCCUGGAGAAACUACAGCAGAGUGGAACCUCUCAGCUCUGUGGGAAGGUGUUCAAAGGAGGGGAGACAACGUACUCUUGCAGAGACUGUGCAGUUGAUCCAACUUGUGUACUCUGUAUGGACUGCUUCCAGAAUAGCAUUCACAAGAACCACCGGUACAAGAUGCAUAGCUCUACUGGAGGUGGAUUUUGUGACUGUGGUGAUACAGAGGCAUGGAAGGCUGGACCGCUGUGUACUAAACAUGAGCCUGGAGGAUCAGGUUCUGCAAAAGAAAAUUCUGAAUGUCAGUUGAAUGAAGAAAUUAUGGAGCACUCUAGGAGGGUGUUUCCCUCUGUGAUAAAAUACAUUGUAGAUAUGCUUAUAUGGGAAGAAGAGAAGGAACUGCCUCCAGAGCUCACAAUUAGUAGAGAGAAGGUAGACAGCUACUACUGUGUCCUUUUCAAUGAUGAACACCAUUCUUAUGAUCAUGUCAUCUAUAGCCUGCAAAGGGCACUUGGCUGCGAACUUGGUGAAGCCCAGUUGCAUACUACUGCCAUAGAUAAAGAGGGUCGUAGAGCUGUUAAGGCAGGACAUUAUGCCUCUUGUCAGGAAGCAAAAGAAGAAAUCAAGAGGCAUUCUGAAAAUGUUUCUCAACGACCACUUCAUGUGGAGGUACUGCAUGCUGAUGUUAUGGCUCACCAGAAGUUUGCCUUGCGCCUUGGUUCUUGGCUGAACAAACUCAUGAGUUAUUCAAGUGACUUUCGCAAGAUCUUUUGUCAAAUAUGUCUGAAAGAAGAAGCUGGAUCUGAAAAGCCUUGCUUCAUAAGCAAGUUGAUGCUGUGGGAUGCAAAACUUCAUAAAGGGGCAAGGAAGGUUCUUCAUGAACUUAUCUUCAGUAGUUUUUUCAUGGAAAUGGAAUACAAAAAACUUUUUGCUAUGGAAUUUGUGAAGUAUUACAAGGCAUUGCAAAAAGAAUACAUCAGUGAUGAUCAUGACAGAGUUCUCUCUGUGACAGCGCUCUCAGUUCAGAUGUUCACGGUACCUACUCUGGCCCGACAUCUUAUUGAAGAGCAAAAUGUAAUCACCACCAUUACAGAGACACUCAUAGAAGUGCUUCCAGAGUACCUAGACAAAAAUGACAAGUUCAACUUUCAAGGUUACAGUCAAGACAAACUGAACCGGGUAUAUGCAGUAAUAUAUGACCUCAGGUAUGUCUUAGUCAGCAAACCUACAUUAUGGACAGACCGUCUGAGGGAGCGGUUUUUAGAAGGAUUUGUUUCUUUCCUAAGGAUUCUGACUUGCAUGCAGGGAAUGGAGGAGAUAAAAAGACAGAUUGGUCAGCACAUUGAGGUGGACCCUGACUGGGAAGCAGCUAUUGCUAUACAGAUGCAGCUCAAGAACAUUCUUUUGAUGUUCCAGGAGUGGUGUGCCUGUGACGAAGAGCUGUUGCUCAAGGCCUACAGUGAAUGUCAUAAAGCUGUGAUGAGGUGCAGCAUAAAUGGCCGCUCACGGGAAAAGACGGUGUUUCACUUGUGUGGCCAUACUCUGGAGAGCAAACCUUACAGAGUGUCUGCAGAUCCUGUCAGCAUACAUUUACCACUGUCUAGGACUCUUGCUGGUCUUCAUGUACGAUUAAGCAAGACUGGAGCCAUCUCGAGAUUGCAUGAGUUUGUUUCUCCUGAAGCAUUUCAAGUGGAGCUGCUAGUAGAAUAUCCUUUGCGGUGUCUUGUUUUGGUUGCUCAGGUUGCUGCAGAGAUGUGGAGAAGGAACGGGCUCUCCCUGAUAAGCCAGGUAUUCUACUAUCAAGAUGUUAAAUGCAGAGAAGAGAUGUAUGAUAAAGACAUCAUCAUGCUCCAGAUAGGUGCAUCUCUUAUGGAUCCAAACCAGUUCCUUCUGCUGAUACUGCAGAGAUACGAGCUUGCUGAUGCUUUCAAAAAGAUCAAGCCCACCAAAGAUCAGGAUUUGAUCAAACAAUGUAAUGUGUUAAUAGAAGAGAUGCUACAGAUUCUCAUCUAUGUUGUGGGGGAAAGAUACGUGCCUGGAGUGAGUAAUGUGACAAAAGAAGAUGUUACCAUGAGAGAAAUCAUCCAUCUGUUAUGUAUUGAACCAAUGGCUCACAGUGCAAUUGCCAAGUCCUUGCCUGAAAAUGAGAACAAUGAAACUGGCUUGGAGAAUGUAAUUGAUAAAGUGGCUACGUUUAAGUAA